AACCCGCUGGAGCGGGUGGGCGGGGCACAUACGUCAGAUAGUUUAUCGUCACCUGGGGCGGGCCUUCCCAGGGGAUUUAACUGGGGCUGAUAAUUUUUUAUUGAGCGCCUAUCGUGAAUCAAACACUGAGUGCCCUGAGCGUUGGAGAAACGAGUGAAUGAAGCCAGGAGCAAGUUAUUCGGUGUGCACAUUAUCUAGUGUGGCUCUUGCCCUGGUCCCCGUGGGUAGGUGGUCUAUUCCUAACCUGAACAUUUCUGGAGACCCAGAGAUGUGAGGACUGCCGGGAUUAUGCUCUCCCAGACUCUCUCUGGAGUGCAGAUCCCUUGGCUAUGUGGCCACAUCCCCCCUUCCUCUAAGGCCUUCCCCGACCAUAUAAGGAGAGGCAGCUGCUGGGGCGUCCCCAGUAUCUAAAGAUAGCGGCCUCUGCUUCAGACUCCAAACGUCACCGGGUAGCAGGAGCCGCCAUGGCAAGGUUCACCCUCCCCCCUCCUCCCCACUCCCAUCACGCCCCUUUCACUUCCUUCUGUCUCACUUAGCUCCACUUUGACAGGGCCAUGGCAUAAAACGUCCCUAAAAUUCCCCCCUCCCCAACCUUUCCCCAAUGCCCCCUGUCUUCCCUCUGCCACCCCUAUGAAGCCCCACCGCAACUCCUCUUCAGGCAGCAUGCCAGGACGCUGUGGUAUGACAGGCCCAAAUAUGUGUUCAUGGAGUUUUGUGUUGAGGAUAGCACCGAUGUCCACGUGCUCAUCGAAGACCACCGCAUUGUGUUCAGCUGCAAGAAUGCGGAUGGAGUGGAGUUGUACAAUGAGAUUGAGUUCUAUGCUAAGGUGAACUCCAAGGACUCCCAGGAUAAACGCUCCGGUCGUUCCAUUACUUGUUUUGUGAGGAAAUGGAAGGAGAAGGUGGCCUGGCCUCGACUCACCAAAGAGGACAUCAAACCGGUGUGGUUGUCUGUGGACUUUGAUAACUGGAGAGACUGGGAGGGGGAUGAAGAGGUGGAGCUGGCUCAGGUGGAACACUAUGCAGAGCUUUUGAAGAAGGUCAGCAUCAAGAGACCUCCCCCUGGCAUGGAUGACCUGGAUGAUGAUUCUGACGGUGCUGAUGCAACAAGCACUUGAGUAUGGCUCCAUCAGAUGGCAGGAUAGGAGAGUAGACUGGUGGGGCUCCUGACUUCCUACCAAUUGGCUGUAAUCUUUGUGCUUGGGCCACUCAUCAGGGCUCUCUUGAGUAUUCGAGCAUGUGUGUGUGGUAGAGCAAAAGCCAAAGAAGCAGCGUAUAGGUUAUAAUAAAUCUGUAAGAACAA